CGGGGUCUCCAGCGCAGCAAAUCUUGGUGUCAGACGGCGGGCAUGAUGUCCGAAACUCAAUACUCGGUAUCAUCGCCCCUGGUCACGCCUGUGAAUCCCCGGAAGAGGGGCAGGACCGCGUGUACGAGAUGCAAAAGUCGUAAGCAAAAGUGUGACGACCAAUUGCCCAUUUGCUCCAAUUGCCGUAAAUCAGGAGCACAGUGUGAUAAGGCAGAUGUCGCGGAUGAAGCUCCAUCAAUUGCGUACACACGGGCUCUAGAAGAGCGAGUAGCCUUCUUGGAGAGCAAGCUAGCUCAAGUCCCUACCCCAGAAGCAACUACAACUCCGAGGGAAACUGCAAGCAACUACUCGGUUCCGUCGGGUCGAGACAAAAAUGCCCUCAGUGACGUAGUAGCACACGUCUCACUGGGCAACUUCGAGGCGCCGGCCUACGUUGGACCCUCAUCAGGGCUCUCUUUGGCUUUAAACCUUGGCGAGAUGGUUCAGGCAACUGUCUGGAAUAAGAUGCUGCCAGACAUCCAGGAUGGCUACACGGGCAACCAAGCUAAUUGUAUCAAUCCCAGUCCGAGAUGCAUCACAGUGGAAGAUCUCCUGGCUCAUAGUGCCAAGGAGCCUCCGAGUGAUGAGCAGGGUUCUCAGAUGCUUAAGGCGUACACCUCUCAACUGCACUCCAAGUACCCCUUUCUUGAGCCUGAAGAAUUGUGGAAGUUGCAUAGCGAGAGACUUGUCCUGGCUGCCAAACCAACACAGACUCUUACAAGGGUUGAACGCUUUGGUAUCUUCAAGCUGUAUCUGGUGUACGCCAUGGGAGCAACUUUAGUGCAACUAACUCAAAGGGGGCCGGUGUUAUCUCCAGAGGCUCUCUACAUUACCGCUUUGCAGCACAUAUCAGCGGCCAGGGAGUCAAGGACAGUCCAAAACAUCGAGGCAAUGACGUUGCUAGUCAUGUUCCACCUUCGGUCAACAUCCAGCCAUGGCCUAUGGUACAUGAUUGGCCUAGCAAUGAGAACAUCAAUCGACCUAGGCUUGCACCGCGCGGCACACGAACAGAAUCUCGCCGGCCCUAUUGUCCAAAGGAGACGCAGGCUCUUCUGGUCUGUCUAUUCUCUCGAGAGAACCAUAGCAGUAUCUCUUGGUCGGCCUCUGAGCAUUGCGGAUAACCAGAUUGACGUUGAGCUCCCGAAUGCCAUCAUCAACGGAAGUCCAUCUGCCUCAAUCAUCGUGGGGAAUGAUAUAACACUAGCACUUGUUCUUUUCAAGCUUCGCAGGAUCGAGUCUAAGAUUCAUCACUCGGUAUAUCGCACGGACAAGACCUUGGACGCGCUCCGGCCAAAACUAGACCGGCUGCAUCAGCGACUCAAAUUCUGGCGGGACUCUUUAACGGACUGGAUUCCGGCAGGUCACCCAGAUUUGAACUAUGCACUGCUGCUCUACAACCGUGCGCUUCGUCUUUUGAUUCAGCCAUUUUUGCCUAUCUUACCGGCAACGGACCCGUUCUACGGACUGUGCAUGCGAGCCGCAGGUGAUAUAUGCCAAGCACACAAGAGAUUACAUCAGACGCUAGACUACGGCCACAGCUUCAUCGCAGUCCAGACAGUGUUCGUUGCGGGAGUCACACUCUUGUAUGGACUCUGGACACAGGGCAACGCACUUUGGUCGGUGGCUCUUUCGAACGAUAUUAGAGCUUGCUCCCUGGUGCUCUUCGUCAUGGGCGAGAGGGCCCCCUGGGUUCGCAAGUACCGAGACGCAUUUGAGGUGCUUGUCAAUGCAGCAAUGGAAAAGCUCCAAGAUAAUGAAGCUGGUCUUGCUGAGAUGGCCUCUGCGCAAAUGAGAGCUGGAAAGGCACCGUGUGUUGCAGAGAGUCUUGGAGGUCAGAAUCAUGAUAUCAGGGGGAAUGAGACCGGAACACAUCCGGCCGACAGUACCUCUGAUCAGUUCUUGAUGUCUGAAGAUGGUGGGAUAGCGGUUGGAGAGUUUGAGGGCGCCUGGCCGAUGGUGGCAGAGCUUGCUAAUUGGAUCGACCAGGACACGGAAGGUGGAAGUCCUGUUUGGAUGCCGAAUUUUGAGCUGUUACAGAGUCUUUCAGGCACUUGGAACGAGUAGUCUGUUUAAUUCGCAUCGUUCCGUUAGUGAUACGUUUCAAUACGGGGUUCAAUGAAAGAAGCAUCACUCUAAUUUCGU